AUGGCUUUUCGAUCAGUGAUCCUGAAAUCUUCCUCUUUUUUUCGACUGAAUCUAAUAUCUGCUUCGCGAGGAUAUACUGCUACAAAUGAGCCUUUGAAGGAUUAUGCCAUUGGAAGUCCUGAACGUGAAAAACUCGAAGCGUCACUUUCAAAAAUGCAAUCGAGUGCCCCUAACCCCGUUCCCGUUUGUAUAGGAGAUCGUGAAAUCCUUACCAAUGAACACCAUGAGCAUGUCUACCCCUUCGAUAAAAAACACGUCUUUGCUGCCAAUCACAUGGGAAGUGAGGCACAAAUAGCAGAAUCCAUUGACUCCUGUUUGAAGUCCCGUGCCUAUUGGUCUCGUACGUCUUUCGAAAAGCGAGCUGACAUUUUUCUCAAAGCUGCGGAUUUGAUUUCCGGGAAGUAUCGAUAUGACUUACUCGCAGCCACAAUGCUUGGACAAGGGAAAACCAUUUUCCAAGCAGAGAUUGAUGCUGCCGCUGAAUUAGCUGACUUCCUACGUUUCAAUAUUAAUUUUGCCUAUAAUGCUAUGGCUUAUAAACCACUGGAUGGGAACGACUGCACGAAUACUCUCCGCUAUCGUCCUACAGAGGGAUUCUGGGCUGCGCUACCACCAUUCAAUUUUACUGCUAUUGCGGGUAAUUUGGCUUCUGCUCCUGUUAUUAUGGGGAAUGUUUGUGUCUGGAAGCCUUCUGACUCCUCAUCUUAUUCGAAUUACCUUAUCUACAAAAUAUUUAGAGAAGCGGGAUUACCCGCCGGUGUCAUCAAUUUUAUUCCCACACCUGGCCCAAGGUUCGGAAAGGUUAUUUGCGGUAAUCCCCACCUCGCUGGAAUAAACUUUACUGGAAGCACAAACACCUAUCGAACCGUUUUGCAGAACAUAGCCGACAACUUGGAACGCUUCAAAACGUAUCCUCGAGCUAUCGGAGAAUGUGGUGGAAAGAACUAUCACUUCGUUCAUUCAAGUGCAAGUCCUGAAAGGGUUGCAUUGGCCACCUUACGAAGUGCCUUCGAAUACACGGGACAGAAAUGCAGCGCUUGCAGUCGACUCUAUGUUCCUCAAUCCUUGUGGCCACAGAUUCGUGAUCAGUUAGUUCAACUACUUAAGGAUGUGAAGAUCGGUUCACCACUAGAAAAGGAGACUUUUACAUCCGCAGUUAUUGACAAGGCUGCCUUCACAAAAAUUGCCGAAUAUAUUGACUAUGCAAACAAGUGUGAGGACAUGAAACUGAUCGCCGGUGGAACCUAUGACGACUCCGUUGGCUACUACAUUCAACCAACUGUUUAUGAGACGAAGGAUCCGAGUAAUAAGAUUAUGAAGGACGAUAUCUUUGGUCCAAUUCUCUGUGUUUAUGUUUACGAGGACAAUGAAGUUGAAAAAACUCUUGACCUCGUUGACGGCACCAGCGACUACGGCUUGACAGGCUCAUUGUUUGCUGAAGAUGAGACUUUCAUUGAGUACUUCAUGGAUAGAAUGAUCGAUACUGUGGGUAAUAUGUACAUCAAUGUACAGUCAACAGGUGCUGUGGUGGGAAAUCAGCCCUUUGGCGGUGCUCGAUUGUCUGGAACAAAUGAUAAGGCUGGAGGACCCCAUUACGUGUUGCGUUUCACCUCACCAUUGUCAAUAAAGAAACAGACAAAACCUUUUGGCUCAUGGAAACAAAUUCAUAUGAAAUGA